AUGGCCGUUCAUAAAAUGGGGGAUGGACAUCGUCAGACCUCUACCAGCGGUGCCAGCAAAGUGACUCAGUUCCUCGAGGAUCACAAGAUUAAAAGGAUCGUGUCAACACCCUAUCACAUGUGUACAAACGGCCAAGCUGAGUCCACGAAUAAAACCAUCGUCCAAAACUUAAAGAAGAAACUGGAAGGCGCAAAGGGAAGAUGGAGAGAAAUAUUAAUCGAAGUGCUAUGCGCGUAUCAAACAACUCCAAAAGCAAGCACGGGGGAAACGACUUUCUCUCUGGUAUACGGCACCGAGGCUUUGAUACCAGUCGAGGUCGGGGAACCCACCGCCAGAGUCCGACACCUCACCGAGGGCUCGAAUAAUGUGGCCAUGGCUAUUGCUCUCGAUCUAUUGGAUGAAAAGCGAGAAGCCUCGCUGGUGCGAAUAGCCGCGCAAAAAUAG